AUGGAUCUAGCGUACGACCACAUUCAAGAGGAAGCCUUCCGCCGGGACACGCCCAAGCCAGGCGAGCAAAGUUCGUCACAGCCGCCUCCCUCCUCCCUAAACGAUGAGAUUCAAGAUGCAUACAAAGCAUUCUAUUCCAGCCCUUGGGGCGCCAAAAUUGGCGGCUUUUUUGGAAACAUGGUGAAGCAGGGCGAAUCCGUAUACAACCAGGCUUCCAAGGAGCUGGCCGAAGUGGGCGAGGACGCCAGCAAGGGACUCGCCGACCUACGCGAAACAAUCAUAAGCCGGACCCGGGGCAUGUCGAUAAAUGCCACCGGUGACCAAACCGCCAGAUCGGCCGAGGCUGCCGAGAGCAACUCGACAGUGACCAGCUCUGGCACCGACUCGGAGACAUACUUGUCGCGACUACGAGCCGAGGCCGCCAAGCGACUCAAGGACCUCCAGCGCGCAGAAGACGCUGCCGAUGAAGCGCUUCUGCGAUUCGGCGGCAAUGUUCGCGACUUCCUGCGCGAUGCCAUCCAGGUUGCGCCCCCGGCCGACGGUGACGAAGAAAGCACGGUACUCUUUGAAAGUAAAGACGCCUCUGGCAAGCGCGUCAUACACACUUCCCGAUUUGAUGCACAGCUUCACGUUAUUCACACUUCUACCGAUGGCUUCGGCAAGGACCCCGAGGGUGAGGAAUUCAACAAGUUCACAUCAGGGUUUGACGUGGAGAAGAAGACGGACGAUAUUGCCUCGGAUCUGGAAAAGUACCCCGAGCUGCGCACCACCAUGGAGAAGCUAGUGCCUGCUCAAAUCUCCUAUGCCGACUUUUGGAAACGCUACUACUUCCUUCGCCGGGGUAUUGAGGAUGCCGAGUCUCGUCGCAAGGAGCUCCUCAAAGCUGCCUCUGCCGAGGACGUUGUUGGCUGGGAUGAUGAUGGAUCCGACGACGAAGGCACCGCCCCCAAGAAGCCCGCCUCUGUCGAGUCGUCCACCACAAUUAACCCCCGCAAGGAUGGCCUGCUUAAACCCACCGAGACGCGCAAGUCCAACGACGAAAAGUCGCAGGCCGACAGCGAAGCGAGCUACGACGUAGUUGGCGGUACUUCUGGCCUCCCCAGCCAAGCUGCUAGCAGUCCAAAGGAGUCGAAGAAGGAUGAGGACAGCGACGACGAUUGGGAAUAA